UCCCUAUCUACAAAGGGCAAGCAAUCGGCAGGGCACCGUAGUAGCUUGGGCGCUUCGCCGUGCAGUGGUCGGCCAUUCAUCGGACCAGAGAUCCGCUCCAAUUCGGUCUCCGAUUCCCAAUAACUCCGCCAAGUUUAUAACACACAGUCUCCGCCUUCCCUACCGAUUACUUUUCUUGUUUCGACAUUCUCCUUCUUCUUCUCCUCCUCGUUGCCGGCAGUAGGGCGAAGAUUUGAGUGUAACGGCGACGCAGCAAACUUUUCUCAGUGUAUCAGGCAACGUUGUAAAGAUACAUAAAUGGCUGAAGCAAACAACUCAAGUUCAGAGUCCUUAAAUUCUCAAGUUGUAUAUCGUUGUAAGAAGUGUCGUAGAAUUGUUGCUACACAAGAGAGUAUAGUCACCCAUGAAAGAGGAAAAGGUGAACUAAGCUUCAAGUGGAGUAAGAGAAGUGGUAAUCAACUCGGACUGCAGAACAAACCAGCUGAUUGCACCUCUAUAUUUGUUGAACCAAUGAAAUGGAUGGAAACCUUACAAGACGGCCACGUGGAAGAGAAACUCGUGUGUAUUGGCUGCAAAGCUCGCUUGGGUUCCUUCAACUGGGCUGGCAUGCAGUGCAGCUGCGGAGCUUGGGUUAAUCCUGCUUUUCAACUACACAAAAGCAGAUUAGACGAAUGCCUGAUGUGAAUAUAUUAGCAAGAAACUAAAGGUUAGUUUCUAUCAGUUUAUGAAGCAAUGCUAUAGGUUUUGUUUUCAUAGAACUAGAAAUCUAGCAAACUUCAAUCUUUGAAUACUGAUUAUGGGAAAGGAAAUUUUGAAUACAAUAUAGAGUUCUAUGUUCUGAACAA